CUUGUGGCUCCCUCACGCCCUCACUCACCUCACUCUUGUUCUUAUUCUACUUUUUUUAGGGUUUAAAUUUCAUCUCAAAUUUGCAAUCCAUCUACUAUUAUACAGGUUUUUGAUAACAUGGGAAAGUGCUAUCCAACUGUUAGUGAGGAGUACCUUAAGGCUGUUGACAAAGCCAAGAGGAAGCUUAGGGGAUUCAUCGCUGAUAAGAAAUGCGCUCCUUUGAUGCUCCGUCUCGCAUGGCACUCUGCUGGUACCUAUGACGUGAAAACUAAAACUGGAGGUCCUUUUGGCACCAUGAGGCACAAGGCUGAGCUAGGCCAUGCUGCCAACAAUGGACUUGACAUUGCUGUCAGGCUAUUGGAACCUAUUAAAGAACAAUUUCCCAUCCUCUCUUAUGGUGACUUUUAUCAAUUGGCUGGUGUUGUUGCUGUUGAAAUCACUGGAGGACCAGAUGUUCCCUUCCACCCUGGAAGAGAGGACAAAGAUGAGCCCCCAGUUGAAGGUCGUCUUCCUGAUGCUACCCAGGGAAAUGACCAUUUGAGGAAUGUGUUUGUUCACACCAUGGGUCUUGAAGACAUUGAUAUUGUCACUCUCUCUGGCGGCCAUACUCUGGGAGCUGCCCACAAGGAGCGAUCUGGAUUUGAAGGACCAUGGACUCCCAACCCCCUUAUUUUCGACAACAGCUACUUCACAGAACUUCUUGCUGGUGAGAAGGAAGGACUCUUGAAACUGCCUACUGACAAGGCGCUUCUUGAAGACCCUGUAUUCCGACCCCUAGUUGAGAAAUAUGCUGCUGAUGAGGAUGCCUUCUUUGCCGACUAUGCUGUUUCUCACAUGAAGCUCUCUGAGCUCGGAUUUGCUGAGGCUUAAGGUUAGUGAUGAUAGAGGAGCAAGAAUGCCAAAGGGGAGAAUCAACUAGUGAUGGCUGCUGCAUCAUCUUUAUUUUUGAUUUUUAAGUGGCGUUUGUUUUGUUUUCAAUGGAUGGAUUAUGCUUAAAAAACACAUUGAACAAGGAACCCCCUAUUAUUGGUA